AUGUCAGCCAAGAGGUUCAAUUCUUCAAUUACACCAGUGAGAACUUCACAAGCACCUCCACCCGCUGCUUCAUACUCCCAAGCUAUCAAAGUCAAUGGUUUCAUUUACGUCUCUGGCCAAAUUCCAUACACCCCCGAAAACAAGCCAUUACCACAAUCAGCAACAAUCCAAGACCAUGCAGAACAAGUUAUACAAAAUGUUGCCGCUAUAUUAGAAGCUUCCAACUCAUCAUUAAACCACAUUGUCAAGGCCAAUAUCUUUUUAACUGAUAUGGGGGCACAAUUUGGUGAGUUUAAUAAAGUUUAUGGGAAAUAUUUCUCUGAACAUAAGCCAGCUAGAUCGUGUGUUGCGGUUAAAGAGUUGCCAUUGGGAGUUCCUUUAGAAAUGGAAGUUAUUGCUGUUGAAAGAGACGAUACUAAAUUAUAG